AAGAAUGUUAGUUUCGAUUUCGAUCAUGAUGGUGGUUCUGGCGGUGCCAGAAGACGGAAAAGUGAUGACCGUGACAAAGAGGAUGGCGACGUCGAGGUGGGAGUGGAAGUGGAACAGGGUGCACGUGCCAUAGCGAUAUCUGUGCGUUGUGCCUCCACGGAAUCUUCCGAGGCCCUGGAUAACGAAGUGGAAAUGUACGCCAGCUUUGAGGUGGCGCCGAGCACAAGUCGUGUCGCCGCACAAAUGCAGAAAGUGCGACGCAAACGUUGGGCCGCUGAUGGCGCUUCGGGCAGUAGCGACGGUGGUGGCAGCACAAGCGGCCAUAGACACUAA